CGAAACGCGCAUGACAGUGCCCUCCUUGUGACGCCUGCUCGAAAGCACUCGUUCGUUCGUUUGUUCUUCCGUCCAUUCAUUCGUUCCAUCCCGUAACUGACCGAUCUUUCUCGCCCAGUCAGGGCAGGAAGGCAGGAUCACAUCGCAGCAACGUUUCUUAAAUAAGGACUUCACCCUCUUCCUCCGAGCUCUGUCACCACCCCUUCCGACCUUUAAGCACCACCCUUGGCCAGCAUCAUGUCAUCUGCCUCUGCAAGUUCUCGGCCAAAUAUAAACAAACGCCUCAGUAGCCUCCAGGGGACUGAGCAACUUUCCCGCAACACAUCUCGAACCCGGACCAAAACCAUCAGCUACAAUGAUGCGUAUACCUUUGCUCUCAGAGCCGCAUAUCUUCACCACCUCCUCCAGCCUCGGUCAAAGAGAAAACAGUAUGUGCCGGCACCGAAGCCCACGAAGAGAACUGCUAUGAUCGGGGAGUUGUUGCAGGAAUUCUCACCACUCAAAGAUUCAAAGAGCGCCAAAUUCCCCCAUGGCUUCAUGUCACCUCUGGAAAAAAGGAUACAAGGGGUGUUAGUUGGCACGGAGAGGCUUCCAGGGUACAAUGAUGCUGCUGUCAAACGGACUUUUGCAGAGGCGUAUACCGCCUUUACUGAGCAGGGCUUUCGGAGACGUAUGGACAAGGAGAGACGAGUAGAAGAUCUCGUCCUCAUUUUUUACUCAAAUGCCACCAAGUCCUUGCAGAAAGGCAAGGGCCCCGAUGAUGAUUCUUGGAAGCCCCUAGUCGACCGGCACGUUGCCCUCUUUGUCAGGCUGAUCAGCACCACUUUGAAAGACAUUGGUAACGACAAAGACCGACCCGAACUGAUGAGUCGAUUAUCGACGCUGGAGAAAAAGCUGUUGACAAAUGACCAAGACCUCUUUAUCAAUUCAGCAAACGGUUCGGGAGGGUCAACCGUUGAGGUUGUGACCCCAGUCAGUAACGAUGUAAAAGAUAUGCCCAUGGUCCUGACUGUGGGCAGAAUAUUUGGCCUUAAAAACUCUCAGAUUCAAUCUGAUAUUGAUGCAAACAAGAGCAUUUGGACAGAGGAAGCUGCACUCGCGGAUAUCAAGUCCUACCAGCAUUGCCUCAAUGCUCAUACCAAACGAACUCUUCGUAGUGAUGAUUUUGACCUUGAGGAGGGGUACCAGGCGUGGAAGAAAGCAGAAACACCAGAGUUAUCGCAGAUGAUUGCCGAAAUCUUGCAGGCCAGACCGGAGCUCGUAAAGGCAUCAUCUACAACCAAUAAACCUCUGCCAGCUAUCCAAACACCUUCGACUGAGGGAGAACAAGCCUCCCCAGAGUUGGCCAAAACAGUCUCAAACCCUGCGAGCCAAAGGCGGUCACUUAUCUUUGACCCAACCAUAGAAAAGAGCUUUCUGUAUUUGGACGAAGACCCGCCAAAUCGAACGUCCCUUGAGGAAUUGUCGUACACGUUCAUACCACCAGAUCCGCGAGCAUACUAUCGAUCGAUUCUUCUGCAUGCCAUGACCUUCGAUCUGCUCCAUGCUCCACAGGCAACUGAUGGUCCAGCUGCGACGGCACCCCUUUCUCAGGAGUCUAUGGAGCUCCUAACGGAGUUGUGUGUUCGCUGGCGGAUACCUCAAUUUUCUCGAUUUGUGCUGUUUUUAGACGUAGCAGCUCAGAAGUUCUUGGAUCAAGAAAUUGGUCCUGAUGAACUAGAUGCUGCCUUCGAGUUCAUCAAGAAACCACCACCAGAGACCAAACGGACGAAUACACAUUCUCACUCCGCGAGUCUAUCGUCAAUUAAUCAGAGCUUUUGGACUGUCCAAGAUUUUGCUUUGUAUCGUCAAAUACUCACGAACUUACACGAAGCUCUUCUACGCGACCUCUACGAUCUGCUACAACACUGUUACGAAACUAAGCCUCCUUCUCCAGGACCUGUUCUGUUCAUUCUGGAGAACCACAUUUACGGCGAUCCUUCUUUCUCUAAGAACCCAGAUGAACAUCACGUGUACGUGGAACAGUUGACCGAAGGCCUUCGUUCCAAAGCUGCAGCAGUAUACAGAGGUUAUCUGGAGGCUGAAGUACCACAGAACCAGGAAGAGUGGCAAUUCUCUCAUGUUGUUAAGCUCGGUAAGUCUGUCGUGAAAUUGUGUGAGAGGAUUCAGAAGCGGUAUAGAAAGAAUCCCGACAUUAUGGGAGUCAAUCCCUUGACGAUACUUGUCGAAACGAUGUUUCCAAGCUUUGAGAAUGAUGCGCGUGAUCUAAUCGAACGGAUUCUUGUCGUGGCCCAAACGAAGAACUCGGAAGUUGAUUUGGAGGAUGGAUUCGACCUGUACAGAGAACUUGUGGAAAUUCGACGGAUACAUCAUGCCGCUCUCCCCGAUCAGCCCUUCGCGUUUCAUAUCGAGGAUCUCCUCGCAGAUUUCGUUUGGAGAUGGAUUCGUGUGGCCGAUUCAAAGAUGAUAGAACUCAUCGAUCAAGCCAUCAAGCAAGAUCAGUUCCAGGUUCGGUCAGAUAAUCCUGACCGACCGGCCACUGAUGAUGAACGCCACAGUGUGUCUGUGAUUGAUAUCUUCCGCUUGUUCAAUCAGACUGCGGAUCAAAUCUUCCAGCUCAAUUGGGAUGACGAUGUUCAGUACGCAAAGUUCAUGACUGCUUUGUCGAAAUCUUUCGGCAUUGGCCUGGCAAGGUAUUGCGAAGUCAUCGAACAGAGAUUCUCAAAAGAGAUGGACAGGCUGUCUCCUUCUCAAGUGGCAGCUGCUACACAAUCAGCACAGGAGAAGUGGAUGCAGCUUGCAAAAGAUGUCUGGAACAAUAAAGAGAAGAUCGAGCCCUUCCAAUUCUAUCCUGAGUCUUUCGUGAAGCUCAACAAUAUCGAAUAUGCCAUCCAGCAAUUGGACAAUCUAGAGAAGACCAUGAAUGUGGAUGCUUGUGCUGAGGUGUUGGCAAAAGUUGCACCACCUAAGGAGAAACAACGAAGGCCUUCCAAAUACGUCUUUACAAUCAAGAUCGUCGAAGCAGAAGAAUUGAAAGCAUGCGAUACAAAUGGGACGAGCGACCCUUAUGUGGUGCUUGGCGACGAAUAUCAAAAGCGCCUAGCUAAAACUAGGGUGGUGAUGAAAAACCUCAAUCCUCGCUGGGACGAAUCAGUUGAUAUCACGGUGCAAGGAGCACUAAAUAUCAUAGCCACAGUUUGGGACUGGGAUACAUUCGGCGAUCACGAUUACGUUGGGAGGACGUCGUUGAAAUUGGACCCAACCCAUUUCAGUGACUAUAUGCCGCGAGAGUAUUGGCUAAAUUUGGACACACAGGGUAGGCUCUUAUUGCGAGUCAGCAUGGAAGGAGAACGGGAUGAUAUCCAAUUCUACUUUGGCAAGGCGUUUCGCUUAUUGAAGAGGACGGAAAGGGAUAUGACACGAAAGAUUACAGAUAAGCUUUCGCAAUAUAUCAAUGCGUCGUUGUCCCUUGAUGCUCUAAAGUCUCUGAUGUCACGUGGUGGCAUUUCUGUAGCGUCAGUAACGAGUUUAUGGAAAAACCGCCAAUCUGUUGCACCGGCCCUAACCACCAUGGAUGUCGAAAACGCCCUCAAACCGCUAUUCACAUAUUUCGAUGAGAAUUUUGCUAUCAUGAAGCAAACAUUGACAGACGCAUCCAUGGUCAUGGUUAUGACUAGAUUAUGGAAGGAGGUUCUCCUAGCUAUCGAAGCUCUGUUGGUCCCUCCCCUUUCGGACAAACUUUCGAACCAAAGGCCCCUUACACAACAAGAGCUAGACAUUGUAUUCAAAUGGCUAGAACUUCUCUUCGACUUUUUCCACGCUCGGGAUGAUGAGACGGGCGAGGCAAUGGGGGUACCGAUCGAUGUGCUGAAAUCGCCUAAAUACAGUGAAUUGGCAUCUCUCAACUUCUUCUACUUCGACACGACAGACAACCUUAUCCGAACAUCUGAACGAAUGGCAACCGCAACUGCCCAGCGGGCACAAGCACAGCGCAAUCGUCUUUCUGCGCCACCGAGUCUGGGGGCUUCUUUCGGCGGUCUCCUGGGAUCCGCUUCGAUGAGACGGACGAAGAGCAUCAUGCUAAGUCGCAAUCUGGGAACGAUGAAGAAGGCCAAGGAGGAAAAGAGGAAGGAAGCUCAAGCAGAUCCGAGCGAUGACAUGAUCUUGAGGAUUUUGAGAAUGAGACCUGAAGCAGCGCCGUAUCUCAGGGAUAGGAGCAGGCAAAAGGAACGUUUGGCUGCCGCGGCUGCAGCAGAAAUGAUUGUUAGACAAAGUCUUGCCGCUGGUGGACCGAGAUUUGGUGCAAAUAACUUGCCCCGACGUUGAGUUGCGUUGCGUUGCUAUAGGAUGGGCAUCAUGGUUUGCACUGUACAGGCGUUGGUUGAUGACAUGUAAUGAUUAACGAUGGGACGGACGGGUCGGAGUUAGAGAUACCAUUGCUAUCGAUUGAAUAAAUGUUCUACGACGGAUAGUCCAUAAUAAUGAUGUAUGUAUCCUCUUGGGAUCUUGGGAC